UUAUAUACCCAGAAUGACAUUUAAAUUUGGUGGAACAUAUAAAGAAGAUUGUGAUGUUUGCAUCGAUGAAUACAUGACUAAUAGAACGAAUCAUGAUCAGAGACAACGAGACUUGACACGUCAAGUUAGCUGCAUACCGAGAUUAACAGCGGUGUCACAUGACCCAUCUGUAAAAGAGAAGUUAAAUCGCUACAGAGAUACGCAUCCUUCUAGACCGUUAUUAAUGGAGGACAAGCGCCCAUUGACAGAACCUCCAAUCCCUGGCUAUAAUGGAUAUAUACCAAGGAUCAAACCCACAGAGCUUGGACUCGGACAUCGGUACCAUGUUGCAUGUGACAACGGAUUUAGCCAAUUUGUACAGGAAACUGCCCGCCACUCGGAGAGAUUAACAGGGACCUUGCCAAAAGCAUUAGAAAAGUAAGUCAGCCAAUUAAUUCUGUUAUAACGCUAUUUACGAGG